AUGGGCACCCUUCCCGGGGACGUCCAACAGGCCUCAGUCAACCUUCACCCAAGGACAGCCUACGUCACUGUCACGGGCACAGCCCCGGUAGAUCUACCAGACCAGGAGUCCUUGCCAGCUUCAAUCCUUCACAUCUGGAGGGAAUUGGCAGCCAACAUGGACGACAAUUGGGGAUGGGUCCCGGAAUCCAUCUACAUUGAGGGUGACGAACAAGUCCUCCUGGAGGCACUGGAGAAGGGAAAGCUAUGGGUGAUCAGCAAUGGCUCCUUCAAGCAACAAGUGGGCACAGCCGCUGUCCAGCUGCGAACUAGACCGGGAGGGCAUGUCAUCUGGAUCAAGUGCCGUACACCUGGUAAGCGAGAGGAUCAGAGUGCGUACCGGAGUGAACUUAUUGGUCUGUUGGCUUCUUGGCUCCGCCUACGCCUACAGUCCCUUGCCAAGCCAUGA